AUGGCUUUGCAAUCAGUGAAGCAGAGGUUGAAACCGGUGACAGAGGUGGAGGGUCUUGAAGAUCAGGCGGCUCCAGUGGGGGAGGGGGUUGAGCGUGUCUCUUUGGGAUGUCGUUGCAAAGAGAAAGAGAUGGCUCUGAAAACCAAGACUCGACAUUCUUUCAAGCAAAUGAAGAAGAUGACAAGGCGGAGGUGGAGCAACGGAAUAGGCCUCGCCGGGCGAGAGAGGAAACUCGCUAGGUUUGAGUCGAGAAGAAGAAGAGACGCGUUCAGGCAGGGCUUCGGGCGCAGGAGGAAGAACGUCGGAGGUCGGGGUUCAUUGUGGAACCGUCGGUGGCUACUUCGGGGCUCAGAGAGCUCUUUCUACUCCUUCCACAAGCUUUCCUCCACUCAUUGUCUCGCCAUCAAAUUAGGUUACGUCUCAGACGUUUACGUCUCCAACAGAAUCCUGGAUUCUUAUAUGAAACUUGGUUUCAUGGGUCAUGCCCGUAAGGUGUUCGACGAAAUGCCUCACAGAGAUUCUGUUUCUUGGAACACGAUGAUUUCUGGAUAUACAAGCUGUGGGAAAUUGGACAGUGCAUUGUGUUUGUUUACAGGUAUGAGAAGAUCUGGAUUCAAUGGUGAUGGGUAUAGUUUCAGUAGGUUAUUGAAAGGGAUUGCUUCUGCGAAAAGGCUCGAUUUUGGGCAGCAAUUGCAUUGUUUGGUGAUCAAGGGAGGUUACGAGUGUAAUGUCUACGUUGGAAGUUCGCUUGUUGAUAUGUACGCAAAAUGUGAAAGUGUUGAGGAUGGUUUUGUGGCUUUUCAAGAGAUUUCAGAGCCUAACUCUGUUACAUGGAAUGCUUUGAUUGCUGGAUUUGUACAGUUGAGAGAUAUCGAGACGGCUUUUUGGUUGUUGGGUUCUAUGGAGAUGAAUGCUGCUAUGACGAUGGACGAUGGCACUUUUGCUCCACUUCUUACUUUGCUUGAUGAUCCAAUGUUUUAUAACUUAUCGAAGCAAGUUCAUGCUAAGGUUUUAAAACUCGGACUUGAACAUGAGGUUAAUAUCUGCAACGCGAUGAUCUCUUCUUAUGCAGAUUGUGGUUCAGUAUCAGAUGCAAAGAGAGUUUUUGAUGGCUUGGAUGGCUCAAAAGACUUGGUUACGUGGAAUUCGAUGAUCGCAGGUUUCUCUAGACAUGAGCUAAAGGAAUCUGUGUUUGAACUGUUUAUUGAAAUGCAAAGGACGUGGAUCGAAACCGAUAUUUUUACUUACACCAGCAUCUUAAGCGCUUGCUCUGGCAAAGAAGAUCAAAUCUUCGGAAAGUCUUUGCACUGUUUGGUGAUAAAGAAGGGACUGGAACAAGUAACUUCUGUUUCAAAUGCAUUGAUCUCCAUGUAUAUUCAGUUUCCGACAGGCGCCAUGAAAGAUGCUCUCUCUCUAUUCGAAUCCUUGAAAUCUAAGGAUCUUGUCUCUUGGAAUUCAAUCAUGACAGGUUUAUCCCAGAAGGGGCCCAGCGAAGAUGCAGUAAAGUUCUUUAGCUACUUAAGAUCUUCAAACAUAGAAGUUGAUGAUUACACUUUCUCUGCAGUUCUCAGAUCUUGCUCGGAUCUCGCAACACUCCAAUUAGGCCAGCAGAUUCACGCUCUCGCCACUAAAUCAAGCUUCGAAUCAAACGAGUUUGUAACCAGUUCUCUGAUCUUGAUGUACUCAAAAUGUGGAGUAAUCGAGAAUGCGCAAAAAUGCUUCGAGCAGAUCUCCUCCAAACACAGCACAAUAGCUUGGAACACUAUGAUCCUCGGGUACGCUCAACACGGUUCAGGCCAAGUCUCUCUUGAUCUCUUCUCCCAAAUGUGUAACGAAAACGUGAAGCUAGACCACGUAACCUUCACAGCAAUUCUAACAGCUUGUAGCCACACGGGUUUGGUUCAAGAGGGACUCGAGUUGCUUAACUCAAUGGAACCGGUUUACAAAAUCCAACCUCGAAUGGAACAUUACGCAGCUGCGGUUGAUCUCUUAGGCAGAGCAGGGCUUGUGAACAACGCGAAAGAGUUAAUCGAAUCAAUGCCGUUGAAUCCCGAUCCAAUGGUGUUGAAAACUUUCCUUGGAGCUUGUCGGGCUAGUGGAGAGAUAGAAAUGGCUACUCAAGUGGCUAAACAUUUGCUAGAGAUCGAACCAGAAGAUCAUUUUACGUAUGUUUUGUUGUCUCAUAUGUAUAGUGAUCUCAAGAAAUGGGAAGAGAAAGCAAAUGUGAAGAAGAUGAUGAAGGAGAGAGGUGUGAAGAAAGUUCCAGGUUGGAGCUGGAUUGAGAUUAGAAACAAAGUUUAUGCAUUUAAUGCUGAAGAUAGAUCUCAUCCUCUAUGUCAAGAGAUUUAUUUGAUGAUUGAAGAUUUGAAUCUGGAAAUGCAGUGGUUAGAUUCUGAUAAUGUGUUUGAUGAUCACUUCUUGGUUUAG